GAGUGCUUGGUCUGAUCAGAGACUUGCCGAGGCUGUGUCUGUGUGUGUGUAUGUGUGUGUAUGAGAGAGUCAGCUACCACACAGAGCUGUCCCUUUACCCUGUUCUCCGGGCAACUGGCUCAGUGUCUCUCUAGGAAACUUUUAGACCGACACCCACCCCCCUCCCCCCCAUCCACUUCUCUGUCUUUCUCAAGGAGUUUGUUUCGGGACUGGCCAUAUGGCAAAACGCAGUUCCUUAUCCCUGCGGAUCAUUGAAGGAAAGAACCUGCCGGCCAAGGAUCUGACAGGAAGCAGUGAUCCAUACUGCAUUGUACGAAUCGACAAUGAGACAAUUAUCAGAACUGCAACAAUAUGGAAGACCCUGUCUCCAUUUUGGGGAGAAGAGUACAAUGUCCAUCUCCCCAGUACCUUCCACUCCAUUUCCUUCUAUGUGAUGGAUGAGGAUGCAAUCAGCCGUGAUGAUGUCAUUGGAAAAGUUGCUAUAGCGAAGGACGUUCUUACUGCCAACCCUAAAGGUGUAGACAGCUGGAUGUGCCUGAGUGAAAUUGACCCAGAUGAGGAGGUCCAAGGGGAGAUCCACCUUCAGAUCGAGAUCUGCGGAGAGAGCUCAACACGAAAGCUGCGUUGCCAUGUAUUUGAAGCAAGAGACCUGGCUCGAAAAGAUCUAAAUGGAGCAUCAGAUCCCUUUGUCAGAGUGCAAUACAAUGGGAAAACCCAAGAAAGCUCUGUUGUGAAGAAAUCCUGUUACCCCCGCUGGAAUGAGGUAUUUGAGUUUGUCCUGGAUGACACAGGGGCAGAGAACACAUUGCAUGUGGAGGUCUGGGACUGGGACUUGGUCAGCAAAAAUGAUUUCCUGGGAAAGGUGGCAUUCAACAUUAACAAGCUCCUGACGAUUCAGCAGAAAGAAGGCUGGUUCCUGCUACUCCCUGAUAAAGCACAAAGGAGGGAGACUGAGGGACAUCUAGGGUCAUUGAGGCUGCAACUGCGAUUACGAGAUGAGAGCAUUCUCCCUUCCAGUUACUACCAGCCCCUCAUGGAGUUACUCCUGCAGUCAGUCAAAACAACCAACAAUGGUGAAAAGGGGAAUCUGUUGGCCCUGAUCGAUGAGGUCACCACCGCUGAAAACAGGCAAGAGGUCGCAACCAAUCUGGUGAAACUUUUCUUGGGACAAGGGCUGGCCAAAGAGUUCUUAGACUUCAUCAUGAAUUUGGAAUUGGACAGAACAACUGAACCAAAUACUUUGUUCCGUAAUAAUUCGCUAGCUUCCAAAUCCAUGGAAUGCUUUUUAAAGGUAGCUGGGAUGCAAUAUUUACACAAUAUUCUCGGACCGACCAUCAGCCGGGUAUUUGAAGAGAAGAAGUACGUGGAGCUGGAUCCAAAUAAAGUGGAAUUCAGGGAAGCAGGAUGUUCAGGCCUCCAUCGGUGCCAGUCUGAGGCAGAUAUCAUUCAGCAGAGUGCACAGUGUCUUCAGUCCUACCUGACAGAGUUAGUUGAAGCCAUUGUGAACUCGGUGGAUCAGUGUCCUUCCUUGAUCAGAGCCACCUUCAAACAGCUUUUCAAAAGUGUGGAGGAGAAAUUCCCUCAGGAUCUCUACAAGAAUAUCAAGUACAUCGCAGUAACCAGCUUUCUGUGUUUGCGGUUCUUCUCACCUGCCAUCAUGUCUCCCAAACUCUUCUACCUACGCCCGAAACAUGCAGAUGCACGGACCAGCAGAACUUUAUUGCUUCUGGCCAAGGCAAUCCAAAGCAUUGGCAACAUGGAUACCAAUUUAGCUCGGGAGAAGGAAAUUUGGAUGGCACCACUGCAGCCCCUUAUUCUCCAAGGAGUCACACUGUUUAAGGAUUUCAUCGUCAAGCUAAUUGACUUUGAGGAGGAAGAAGAGUUGGAAUCCCAGAAGCGAGUGACACUGCAGACAACAUCCAUCAUUAAAGAAGGAUAUCUAUUGAUGCACCGAGCCAAAGAGCGGGGGAUCCUAACAUCAUCACAUUUCAAAAAGCAUUACUUUUGCUUAAACCAUGAGGCACUGUGUCAUUCCAAAAUGUCUAAUGCUAAGAACAGUGCCUGCAUUCCGCUAUCCAAGAUCAGAGCAAUUGAGAAAGUUGAUGAGAAGUGUUUCGGAAGCUCAUAUGUCAUGCAGAUCAUUUCGACUGAUGGCAGGGGACAAUUUGAAAUCAUGUAUUUGCAGUGUAAGAAUGUGAAUGAACUGAAUCAGUGGUUGUCUUCAUUGAGGAAACACUGUGUCAGCAAUGAACAAAUGCUGAAUUCCUACCAUCCUGGUGUGUUUAAAGGGGAGAAGUGGAGCUGCUGCCACCAAAAGGAGAAAGCUGCUCCGGGAUGUGACAAAACCCACUUUGGAGUGACACUCCAGGAGUGGAACGAUCCACUUAAUCCUGAUCUCGAAUCCCAUCUGAUCUAUAGGCAGCUGCUGGCAGCCCAGGAUUUAUUAACAGAAAAGUACCUGGAAUGCAAAGUGGAGAACAAUGUUAGUGGUCCAGGGAGUGCUGAUGAAGGGAUUGAUAAGGCAGACAUUCCAAACCAACUGCUCCAGAUCAUCCAGGAUCUGGAGAGGGCUCAUCGGAACUUUGAACGCUGGGAAACAUCAAAGGACAAAAACUUCUCUCUUGAUUUGCUCACAUAACUUCAUGAGAAAGUGUAAAUGUUUCACCUGAAUGUUUAAUUUCAAACUCUAUUUUUUAACAUCUAAUCUACAUUUGUGACGAUAUCUUCUUGCAUCCUCCUUUGGCCCAGAGAUUCCUGUUUGUUUUGAAUUAUGCAAGAAAUAGUCCAUGGCAAAAAAAAGUUGUAAAUGUGUAUUUCCUGUAAUUAAUCGUUUGAAUGGUUUGUAAAUGUAUUUGUGUCCUGUAACAUGCUGACAGAUGUGAAUCAUGGACAGUAGUUUACAGAGAGACCAGCUCCUCCAGACUGAAACUUCCCACAAGCCAGCAGCUCACAACUGUAGGAUGCUCUGUUCCUGUUGUAUUCAGGGACAGCAACCAGACUGUAACAUCAAACAAACAUCCUGGUGCAGAAUGUCAACAAGCAGGGUGUGAUUGGACCUAUCCUAUGCCUGGGUUUACCCUCACAUUUGGGAUUCUUUAUUUUCACGUUAAAAAGCUCCCAGUGACACAAGAAAAUGAAGGACCGACAAAUAGAGCUCUUCCUCCAGACACCCCUCCACUCAGAAACCCUGGUCACCGGGACCCCAUCAUUCUUGGAAUCUGCUGCCCCCUCCUGGAGACAGAGGGUCACUUGCCUCUGGGAAUUGUGCUUGGAGACAGAGUGAUGCACCAGCAGAAGGAGUUAACUCCCAUUGAAGCGUUGGAGGCUGUGUUUGGGGUGGAGGGUGGGGGCAUGCCUUUGGAGCAUCAAUCACAUUAGUCACUUAUAGUCCAUGUAACAUCUGUAUAAUACUCUACUGGAUCCAGCUUACAGUAUUCAGCACUAUCUUCAAUCCUGCACAUAUCCUGUAGUCCUCUUAGGGUGCAGUGGUAGUUUCUCUGACUCUGAGAUAGGAGGCCUACAUUUCAAGUCCCACCUGAUCCUGAGGUGUGCAAUGACACCUCUGAGCAGGUUGAUUAGAAAAUAUUUUUGCUUUAUGGUCCUGUAGUCUGGCUCUCACCUCCCAUGAAGAUAAACAUUAUGAUGUAAUGAGCACAAUCAAACACAAUGUUCCAGCAUGUGUAGUAUUCUCAUAGCUACAGUAUUUUGUACAUAGCACUUGCUAUUAAAAUGUUACCCUAAAUAAGUUAUCCUGUCACAUAGUUACACAUUCCAUUUCGUAUUCAUACACAAAGUAUAUUAUCAUAUUUUCUUAACUGCCGUAAAGAGUGGCAUCCCUACAAUACCCUGAUGUUUGAGGAGCUGUUAAUCCUGAUUGCUCCCUUGUUUAUCACUUUUCCAUCUCUUACUCUGCUGUACAACAUCUGACAGAAUAGUUCAUUAUUCCUUAUAGUGCCAUGUGGUGUUCCCUGCAAUCAAUAACCAUGCCCUGCCAUAUACACAUUAGAGGCAUCGUACCUCUGUUUUAAAUCUUCAUACUUGUGUUUAAAGCUUCAAUUUUAGGUAAUAGAUCACAAAAUGAUGUUCAUCAGGGCCCCAAAUCUGUUAUUGUGACCUUGAUCAAGCCCAAACACUGAAGUCACGGUAGACCUUUAUAGUGCGCUACCAUGCCCUUUGGAAUUGUUCCUGUGCCCUUUGGCUGUCCAACUGUUUGAUUACAUUCUACCAAGAACAGCAGUAGAUGACUCUGCUUUUCAACACCUGACAGUUCAUGUUACAAUGGCUGUUCCACAGUAGAUAAAUGCACAGCUAUUGGUAACAGCAGACUGGGACAUUAUUAUCGGAAAUUACUGAAUGUGCCAGUGACACCAAAACACACUCAGCAUUUGUCUUGUGGGAUUGGCAUGAAAUUUGUGUGAAUGAACACCCUAAAAAAAAUGGACAUGUGCAAACAGUGAGUUCUUAGUGAGAGAUCCAGAUGACUUGUAAUAUGAAAGAUGCACAUGGUACUCUCAAACAAAUUACAAAGUGCUGACAAUCUUUAAUCCACUAGGUUCUUCUACACCUUAAAAUGUGACACUCAAAGCUGCUGUUUUUAGGAACCUGCACUGAGUUGAGUUCACUGCAUUCCCCUGACAGAUUGUUCCUGUUCUGCCUGUGUUCUUAUGAGGGGCAGUCCGUGAGGAAUUUUAACAGUAGGUUUUGUGAAAGAUGGUUGUGGGAUGGAGAUCCUUGUAGCCAGCCCCUGCACAUGUUGCCGUACUUUGACUUAGCUCGAGGUGAUGGCUUUGCAGCAUACAGGAGGGGUGGGUUGGGGGUCUCCAUUUGGUGAAUCACCUCUGUUGAAGGCUCUGUAAGGUCAAACGUUUAAAAGCAAUAUCUGCCACAAGUGUUGCGCAUGAAGCUGCCAUGAGACAUUGUGGGCUUUUUUGGUGUCUGUUGUCAGGCCAUUGGUCAGUGUGGGAGGGAUGUCACCAUUUCCCUCCUUCACCAGCUAGGGACUCCCAGUUGUAUUCACUUUGGGACAAACAACACUCUCUCUGGGAUAGAAUGCUGAGGCCAAUCUACCCCAGAAAUAGAACAGUUUCUCUGCCACUAUAGGUGGUGGGUAAGGAAUUCCCUUUUGCACUAUAAAAUUGCAGAGCUAUCAUUUUAAGAAUAUGGACAUCUGCAAAAGGUGGAUGGUGGAUACCAGUUGCUAAGGUGUCUGUAAUGUACAGCUUUUACUAUACAAUAAGCUUAUUGUCCAGUCUAGAGACGUAGCUGCAUGCACUGAAUGGGAACUUUAUAUAUACCAUGGCUCUCCUACAUGGCAGAUGCUGAGGAAGUGGUCAUCCACCUUGGUCUGAACAGCUUUAGGAUUUGAGAAUUAAACUCCCUCGUGACUGGUGCUUUGGAUCAAAUGCCAUAUCAAUCAUUCCACAACAUUGAUCAAUGACAAUGUCAUUGAUAUGUAUGAGUCUCUGUACACUUAUUUCUAUUAAGUGUAAGAUAUUGUUCUAGAUGCAUGUAAAUUUCUCUUUUAUAACCUGUUUAAAACAAUAAAGUACUUUGUUGAUUGAA